CUGUCCCAUCUCGUUAUCCUUCUCUUCUCAACUACUUCUUUUAUUACGAGGUCAUCAUGGCGACCCGCUCAAGGACAUUGCUCUUUCUACAGUUCCGUAACUCGUAUUCGGGUGCUCAUACUGCCGCUUUGCGCCAACAAUAUAACCAACAACAGCAACUCCAGCAGCAGUCCGCCUUACUUGCCACAACUGGAGACGACAAUGAACGGGUCGGGCUUAUGGACAGUGCUGAAACAACCAUCGAAAUGAUGAUGCUACCCCCUAAAUGGACAGAUAUUGUCGAUGAAGUGGAUGAGGAAUUGGAUAAAAUUAAAGCCAACAUCCAAAGACUAGAUACUAUGCAUAAGAAGCACCUGCUACCAGGAUUCGAUGAUCGAAUCCAAGAAGAACGAGAUAUUGAACGACUCACAGAUGAAAUCACACAGCAAUUCCACACCUGUCAACACAAGAUAAAACAGAUUAACUCUGAAAGCAGGAACUCUUACUCAAAUCAGGAGCAGAUCAUGUCCAGGAAUGUGCAGAUGAGUUUAGCGCAGAAGGUCCAAGAUAUCUCAUCCAGCUUUCGACAGAAACAAAACACCUAUAUGCAACGCAUGCGUGGAGUGGAGCUUAGAAAUAAGGAUAUCUUUUCCGGAGUUCAACCGAUCAAUCCUUCAAUAGCAGACGGUCCAGAGGAAAGUGGCUUUACAAACUCGCAACUCGCGUUUGUAGAGCAGUCAAAUGCAGCCAUUACGCAACGCGAACAAGAAAUCAACCAUAUUUCACGGUCAAUAUUCCAAUUGGUAGAUAUCUUUAAGGACUUACAGACCAUGGUAAUAGAUCAGGGUACAUUGUUAGAUCGAAUCGAUUUCAACGUAGAACAAGCAGCAGUCCAUCUUCAGGAUGCGGUCUAUGAACUCGAUGAAGGCGAAAAGUAUCAAAAAAAGGCUAGAAAUAGAAAGAUCAUUCUAUUACUCAUGCUUAUAAUUGCUGGUCUUUUUAUUAUCCUCAUCUUCAAACCACGGCGUCGCGAUACUCCUCCACAUGUUGACGAGCCUAUUCCUCCCCCUUCUGAUCCUGUCCCUGCUCCAGUAGAUCCGUUUUCAAGGUAGCACAAUGUUUUUUCCUAUCUAACUUAGACAAUACCCUUGGGUCACUGGC